AUGGCAGGACUUGUUGGACUAGGUAAUGGUCCUUUGUCCCUAAUUUCACAACUUGGUAAUCAGAUUGGUCGCCAAUUUUCCUACUGUUUGCCUCCUUUCAACGCUAAGGCUGCGACUAAGUUGAGAUUUGGAGAGGAAGCCGAGAUAUCAGCAAAUGGGGUUGUGUCCACUUCCAUGGUCACGAAUCCUAAUAAUCCCGCCUUUUAUUAUCUCAAUCUUGAAGGUAUCACCGUUGGCCAACAGACAGUGCAGAUUGAUGAAAGCAAUAGAAACAUAAUAAUUGAUUCUGGUACGACAUUGACAUGUCUUCAAUCAAGCAUCUAUGAGCAGGUUGAAAUUUUGGUGAAGAAAGCCAUUGGAGUCGACCAGUGGAUAGUGCAAAACUCUCAAUUAAAUCUGUGUUACACCAAUGUCAACUCUAUCAAGAAUGUUCCAAACUUUGAGGUUGAUUUUAAAGGAGCCAACAUUUCCUUAAAACCUCAGCACUUGUUCCUUCUCGUAUCCAACGAUGUGAUAUGCCUUGCAAUGUCUCCCACAGAUGGAGAUUCCAUUUAUGGAAUUGGAAACGUAGCUCAGAUUGACUUUGACAUGGGGUAUGAUCUUGAUCAGAAAAAAGUUUCUUUUGCUCGCGCCGAUUGUACUAAACAGUAG